AUGCCGCGUUUUCUCAGGUGCCGGUUUGGUGGCCAUUUGAGGAAGGUUGUGGACCUAGAGACCCCUGGCCAAUUUCCGCACCAAGAUCUCUCAGGUGCAGGUGGUUGUGUACCCAGCCCAAGUGGUGGUGCAAGCAGCAGAAAGCCAGAGGUGCUAGAGAGACGUUAUGUUUCAUUCUUCUCCCUGGUUUACCUGGCCGCACUGGUGGCGAAUCUCCUCAUUAUCACCCUCACAAACACUGACCAGCAUCUCCAAACUCCCAUGUACUUCUUCCUGAAAAAUUUUUCUUUGAUUGAUAUCUGUUACAUCUCUGUCACUGUCCCCAAAUAUAUCAUAAACUCUCUGACCGACAGCCAUUCCAUCUCCUUUGUGGUAUGUGCCUCACAGGUUUUCCUUGUUGUUUCCUUUGCUGGCACAGAGUUUGCCCUCCCUCUGGUGAUGUCCUAUGACUGCUAUGCUGCCAUCUGCUGUCCUCUGCACUAUGAGGCCAUCAUGAAUAGAGGUGCCUGUAUGCAGAUGACUGCAUCUGUUACUGCCCUUGCAGAUUCCCUCUUCAAACCUGCCUUCUACUGCCUGCUGCUCACACAAUCACCUCGUAUGAAAGUUGCCCUCGUUUUCCAUAUGAAGGAAGAGGCACUGAAGAGGGGAGCAGCUCUGGAGUGCCAGCCCAUCCAGGGGCCCGAUGUUUGUGGAAUGGUUGAGUUCAGUAUGUCUGAACAUGUUGAUGAGGACAGGCAGGUCAUGCUCAAUGUCAACUUUGCAUACUUAAUCGACAUAUCCUCAGAGCCAUGGACAACCCCACCUCAGAAGAAUGCAAUGGAUCAUAAGGGAUAA